AUGUCCAAAAGGAAACUGGUAGAUGAUAUAAAAUUGUUGGAGAACUCAAAAAAUGAAGUACAUGAAGCCAAGAAGCCAAAGAAGAAACAGUUCCCAGAUUCCCCAUUGUUUAGUAGAUGGGGUGAAGACCUAACGAAUGACCAACAAAUUGCAGCUCAGGAGCUAUUUAUUAAAUAUGGAUAUAAUGUGUACCUUAGUGAUCACUUGCCUCUGGAAAGAUCUCUAAAGGACACCAGACCUCCCAGAUGUUUAGAGAAAAAAUAUCCACAUGAUCUCCCAACACUUAGUGUCAUUCUUAUAUUCUUUAAUGAGGCCACAUCCAUCAUCUUCCGUGCAAUCACAACCAUAGUUAAUCGAACACCUUCACAUCUCCUGAAAGAGAUUGUCCUGGUUGAUGAUUUCAGUUCAAAUGAAGAAUUAAAGGGACCUUUGGAUGAGCAUAUCAAAAACUACAAUGCAAAACAUCCUGGGUUGCUGAAAAUUGUAAGACAUCAGAAAAGAAAAGGUCUCACAGAAGCUCGGAUUUCUGGCUGGAAAGCAUCCAGUGCAGAUGUGGUGGUUAUUUUGGAUGCGCAUAUUGAAGUCAAUCUUGAAUGGGCUGAACCCAUUCUGUCCCGAAUCAAAGAAGACCGCACAGUUAUCAUAUCACCAGUGUUUGAUAAUAUCCGUUUUGAUGAUUUCCAGCUUGUUCAGUAUACUGCUGCUGCAGAUGGAUUUGACUGGGCCCUUUGGUGUCUCUAUGAAUCAGUGCCAGAAGACUGGUAUGCACUCAAAGAUGAAACAGCACCAAUCAGGAGCCCUUCUAUAAUGGGAAUACUUGCUGCAAACAGAGAGUUUUUUGGAGAGAUUGGGGUACUGGAUGCUGGAAUGCAUAUAUAUGGGGGAGAGAAUGUGGAGCUGGGCAUCAGGGUUUGGCAAUGUGGAGGGAAAAUUGAAGUCUUGCCGUGUUCAAGGGUUGCUCACCUGGAAAGAGCUCACAAGCCCUACUUACCAGAUUUGUCAGUUUCCAUGAAACGAAAUGCAUUGCGUGUUGCAGAAGUGUGGAUGGAUGAGUAUAAGAACAUGGUCUACUAUGCAUGGAAUAUUCCUUUUGAGAAUCCUGAAAUAGACUAUGGAGAUGUUUCAUCUAGGAAAGAACUAAGGAAGAAACUGAACUGUAAAAGCUUUGAUUGGUAUAUCAAAACUGUAUAUCCUAACUUAGUACCUCAGACUGCCAUUGUGGCCUAUGGAACAAUGAAAAACACGCUGAACAAAGACAUCUGCAUAGAUCAAGGCCCAAUCCCUGGAAACACUCCCAUAAUGUACAACUGUCAUGGAUACAGCCCACAGCACACGUUCUAUCAUAGCACUGGAGAGCUCUAUGUAGGAGGUUUACAAUCUCGGCGUAAUGCAGGUGAUAGAUGCUUGACAGACUCUGGCAAAGGAGAGCUGCCCAUUCUAGAGCGAUGUGAUGAAGCCACUGCAAAAGAACUGAAUAUGCACUGGGAUUUCAAACAAGGAACAGCUGUAAUCAACAGGAAAACUAAAAGAUGUCUUGAAAUUGUGAAAGACCAAGUAUCUCUAAAUUACAGACUUGUUAUGCAAAACUGUACGGGUCAAGACUGGCACAUUCAACACACUGUGAAGAACUGGGGAUAG